UACUGAUUAAAGUAUUACACAGUGUUUGAUAAGCUUGACAGUGUGGAAUUGGUUAGAUUAGAGUUAGAAGCCGCCUCUUAAAACGUAAGCAAUGUCAUUGUAAGUUGAAAUUUUGAGUGGAAUGACAAUAAUGGAUCGGAUACACUGCAGAAACAAAAUAAUAUGUAACACUGUUGUUUAAGCCAGGAAGAAUAUAUAUGAAAACAAUAUAUAAAUGAUAUAAAACAAAUAUAUAUAUAUAUGUAUAAGAUUAUCUAAAUAAUAAUUUUAUUAAUCAAGAAUGAUAGAAGCACCUACGUGGAACUCCAAGAAAGAUGAGACCAUCUACAAGGCCGCAGGUGCUAUGCAUCUGCGAAAGUAUGGAGAGUUUUUCGAAAAGUUGGUGGAGAAGUCUUGGAAGAGCGACUCCACGCUUGAGUAUAUUAUAGAGGGUCCUCUGCGGCUAGUUUACAAAACAGCAGAGGACAUCAGUAUUCUCUCCCUGGUGGAGAUGGAGAACAAGGUACUAUCUAAGCUGCUGGCAGCUGUGGCAGGAACAUGCAGAGAGAUCAGGCUACUGAAGGUGGAAGCAACUGGUUUUUAUGGAAAACUACUGGCACACGGAGAAAGAUGUGCAGACAAUGACCUCGCUAAUGUAACAAAACUAUUGUCCGAUCUUCAGGAUCUGUCCAUUUUCACCAACCGAAUGCUGACUGUUGUGCAUUUGACUACGCAACAGUUGGCAAGUUUAUCCGGCGUUGUUCAUGAAAUUUACUUACCAAGCCUUAUAGAGAGUUUUAUAGAUCUAUUCGUGAUCCUCCUAACUCUCGACGAGAUCAUCGACGCUCAGCCGACAAUAGUGGAGCAGUGGAAGAAGUACCGGAUACAAGUGCGCUCUGUAAUGCACAAUCCGUCGCAGUUUGGCGUUGCGGAUGCGAAGCUGGAGACGUUCGAUCAUCUGCUGAAGGAUCUGCAGGAGAAGUUACUGCGCAAAAAUAUGUUUUCUAGGGCAAUCGAGCACGUGAUGGAUGUGAGCAAGGGUGCAAUUAUGAGUGAGCAGAUUGUCAGCUAUCUGAAGAACACAAUCACGGAUGUGGAAAGCAAAUCUAGCGAUCACGCCGCGUUGAACAAGAACUGGAUAAGAGCCAAUGUCGGCGUGGCAAUAGUGAUAAAGCUGUUCGGCGCUUGCGACAAGAAGCUGGUCAAGAGGGUGCUGGAGGCGAACAAAAGGUUCUACGCCGUCACGCUAGUGGGAAACGUGAUGUUGGUACCUAGCAAGUUCCUCGGUAACGUUGCGCCGAAGGAGACCGGCAGCGCCGUGAGCUCGCAAGUGGGCGAGAAGAUCUUGCAGGCGAGAACGCAGAGACUGCCGGCUACAGUGAGCAAUCUGAUACAACGCGCGACUAUUUGGUGCGUGGAGAUGCAGAGCAUCUUGACGAAGACCGACCUGCAGGUAUCAGACAUCGGGCAGAAGCGCACUCUACUGACGGAUCUGCUGGUUCUACUGUCGCAGAUGCGGGAGACUGUCGCAUUUGUAACGAAUCUGCACGCUUCACUGUCAAGACCGAUGAGCCGUGGCACGGUGCAGCUAAUCUGCCGGCUUGUCGAGCUGCAGAAGUCCCUGCAGACGAUGUUCUACACGCUCGGGCCGAUCGUGGUGCAGUCGCAGGCGCAAGUGUUGCAGUACCUGGCCUAUUACGUGCUGGCUAUGCUAGAAACAACACGCAAAGGUCUCGUUCAACGGGACAAGGGGUAUAGCAGGGAACGGCUGGACGCAUUGUCGUUAAUAGGAUUGAGUAUGCGGCUGAUGGGCGGUCCAGCAAGCGCGGACAGGCGGCUGAUAAUACGCUGCGCACUGGCGUGCGCCAGCCAGCUGACCGAUACCUUCCGCGAGGAAGACGUGGUGAAGCUGCGCUUUCUGCUGGACAGCUACGACUCCGUGGCCGAGUUGUAUGAACUGGUGGACGAGCUCGGCGACUACUCACUACUGCUCCAUCAUCAGAACAUACUACCUGCCUACUUGUCUUCGGCGAUGGACGGCAACACCGGCGUCUGCCAUGUCACCCACCUGUUUGCCGCCUUUAACACUGCCGUGGGUGAACAGCGGUUGGACGAGGUGAGGGAAAGACGCAUCGCCGAGCUCAGGGAGAAUCUAGUGAAGAACGUGCUGAGGCCGGCUUGCCACGAGAUCGAAACCAGCUUGCGGUUGCAUGUACAUGCUCAUCUUAAGUUGGAUUCCACGAAUCCCUUCAACGUCGGUGCCAAAGACGGCGGCAGGGUGGUGCGAGUCCCGCCGCUGCCACUGGCCGAGAAUAUGGUCUGCGCCAAGAGAUUCGUCGAGCACUAUCUGGACGACAUGUUCUACAAUCUGACGACAGUUGCUCUGCACGAUUGGAGAACCUAUCGAACAAUGCACGCAUUGGCUAGCUACAAGAUGGGCCUGGACACGGUGCAGGAUCACCUACCGACGCAGACUCUCGAACAGGGCCUGGACGCUCUGGAGAUCAUGCGUAAUAUCCACGUGUUUGUCUCCAGGUACCUGUACAACCUGAACACGCAGACAUUUGUGGAGCACAGCAGCAGCAACAAGCAUCUCAACACCAUCGGCAUCCGGCACAUCGCCAACUCGAUUCGCACCCACGGCACCGGCAUCAUGAGCACCACGGUGAACUUCGUCUAUCAGUUCCUGCGCGUCAAGCUGCAUACCUUCUCGCAGUUCCUCUUCGACGAGCACAUCAAGUCUCGGCUGAUGCGCGACAUCAGAUUCGUCCGGGCGCAGCGAGAGGCGGGCGCAGCUCCGUACACGUACGAGCGCGCGGAGAAGUUUCAAAAGGGCAUCCGCAAACUGGGUAUGACCGCCGACGGGCUGAGCUACCUGGACCAGUUCCGCCAGCUGAUCACGCAGAUCGGCAAUGCGCUUGGCUACGUACGAUUGAUCCGCUCUGGCGGCCUCCACGCCAGCUCCAACGCCGUGUCCUUCCUGCCGGACAUCGAGCGAACGGUACCGUUCGAAUCGCUCUGUCGUGGAUUGAAUUACAGCGCCACCACGCAGACCGCGGCCAGACGAUUGGAGGACGACAUCGCCGAUCUGGUGCGCCACUUCACCGAAGGCAUCCACUACUUCAAGUUGCUGGUGGAUGUGUUCGCGCCAGCAUUCCGCGACGCCAAGUCCUAUCAUCUACAGCAGUUCUACGCGAUCGUGCCGCCGCUGACGCUCAGCUUCGUCGACAAUUCCGUGUCCAACAAGGAGAAGAUGUUCAAGAAGAAUCAGACCGGCGCAGCCUUCACCGACGACGGCUUUGCCAUGGGUAUCGCCUACAUUAACGCGCUGCUUAAUCAAAACACUGAACUGAACGGCCUACAUUGGUUCAAGACGGUGGAGCAGUACAUCGAUGAGGAGAAGCUAGCCGCCGAGAGCAAGGACGAUCACGGCGACGAGAAGCUCCAGCAGACCCGGGCGCUUACUCUCAAACGCCUCGCCGAGAGAAAGGCCGAGUUUCAGCUGCUAUACUACAGUCUCUCGGGCGCCAGGGUAUUUUUUAGGCUGCCCGACACGUAACGCGGAACGGCCGGCUCACUUGGAUGCUUUAAUAUAUCACUCUGUGCUCUUGGAUGCUGAUAAUCUAAGUCAAAUUUUCGAUUGGUGGGAGAAAAAUGGUUUGAAAGAAAAAUUCAAGCAAACGUACAUUUGCAACCGUUUCUUCCGUAACUUUCAGUUCACAAACGGAGUGUAAAAUAAAUAUAAUCCAAUCAUGCGUCUCGCAAUUUAUUCUUAUACAUCUGUAUUUGUCAUUAUAGCACGUAUUGUUGUAAAUGAUCUUAAAAUCUUCAUAUAUGUAUACGACCAUUUUUAUAAAUAUUUUCUACAUUCACAAUAUCGUUACAAUAUCAGAUUCUCGUUCAAUAAAUAAUGGCUAGACUGAG